CAAGCUUUGACCGUUUGGUGGGACUUGGCAUGGUUGAACAUCUGCCCUGAAAAUGACGCCUUUGACAGAAACGUCUGACCACAGGGAGAAUCAGAGCCUAGGAGUGCAGAAGACCUGCCCCACCGACACAAUGAGCUCCGAGUGUGAAGAAGAUGGAAUUUCUAAAACAGUGGUGAAUGGCCUGACUUCGAACACCAAUGGGCAAGAAAAAGCAACUGAUGACCCUUUAUAUGCACGCUCUAUUUCUGCUGUUAAAAUAAUCCCUCUGAAGAAAGUGAAAAGUCCUGGCCUAGUGCUGCCUACAGACAUGGACCCGACUAAAAUCUGCACUGGGAAAGGAGCAGUGACCCUUCGGGCAACUUCAACCUACCGAGAACCCCAAAGCACCAGCCCUCAGGAAGCUUUGCCCACAGAAAGUCUGGAGUCAGACAGCCUCCAAGCAGAUGAGUGGCGGCUCUCCUCUGGCGAUGCUAAUGGAAAUGUGCAGCCCUCUUCGCUGGCUGCCAAAGGCUACCGAAGUGUGCGACCCAACUUGCCCUCUGACAGCAAGUCUCAGACUCACUUUCCUCCACUCCCCUGCCACCCCCAAGAGGGAAGCUUUGCAUGGCAGCCCCCCACUGAACUUAGGAUGACCCACUUGUCAGCAGGGCCCUCUAAGGACUGUAUGUACCUGAACUCACCCAAGCCAUAUGUCUCACAGCGUACUCCUAGCCCGCGGGUUUCCGCCUCACCCUCAGUGACCACCCUCACUUGGACACCAGCCUUUUUAGCUUGCAACCAGGUGGUCGGGGCACCUUCUAAAGACACCCUGCAUGCUGCCCAAUUACCUCCUGGUCGCAGUUCCCUGCUCCCCGACGCCUCGUGCCAACAGCAGAGCUGCUUGGAGUCCACUAGGGAGGAUUCUUACAGUAAUGCCAGCACAGAUCCCCGCCCCGAGAAGGGAGAGAAGAAAAAGGUCAGCAGCUUAUAUGUCGCCUGUCUGUCUAAUAACACUUGCCCAGCUGCAUCUGGAAACUCCCAUAGCCUUGCACGGGGCCAAUCCACAAACACCCCCUCAGCCGACAAGGGCAACCAAGCACGAGCUCCAGCCACAAUCUCUUCCUCGGCUCACCCCGGAACAUCACUUCCUGCUCCUCCUCCUCCUCCUCCUCACCCUCCCCGGCCACCCUUUAACAUUGUUCUCAGUAAUGAUGCAAUUAGCCGUGGCAAAAGGACUCCUUUUGGAACUCGAUCUGCACCCCCGGAAGUAGUGCGACCACCCGGGAUAGGUUCCCGGAUUUCCUCUGGCACUGGGAAUCCGAUGAGAACAGAACCUUAUCCUUCGCCGCUGUGGUAUCCAGCCAAGGAUGCCACUUCCUCCAAUCCAGCUCAGCCUGAGAUUAUAGUAGUCCCACUCCACCCGUUGGUCAUUACAGACAGAGGGCACGACAGCACUUCCAGCACACCACCACCACCUCUGGUGCCUCUUGGCCAACUUUCUGCAUUCCCAGAGACUGUCUCUCCUGGCUCACCUUUGACCUUGCCAACACUAGAUGAUUUCAUUCCCCCUCAUCUGCAGAGGAGGCCCCACCAUAUCCACCCAGCCACUCCAUCUGGCUCAUUUCCCCCCGUUAGCCAGACAUCACCAUCAUUUUCACCACCUCCUCCAUUGGUUCCUCCAGUCCCAGAGACCCUGCACAGAGUCUUGGAACUUGAACUCACUGGAGCUGUUUCACGUACAGGUCCAUAUCCUCUGGUAAAUGAAAUCUCUUCACGCCACACUAAGACUGAUACUCAAAUAUCCUUCACACCUGUCAGCAAGCCUUCCUCAGCAUAUCCUUCCACGACUAUCGUUAAUCCUACCAUCGUACUUUUGCAGCACAACCGAGAACAGCAAAAACGGCUUAAUAGCCUGACAGAUUCUGCGCCAGAGAGGAGAGCUGAUGAGAACGUAGAGUCAACACCAAGCCGGGAAAAUCUUGUUCAGCACAGCCCCCGAGCUGAGAAAGCAGCCGCGGGUGACAGUAGAAGAACUGUUAAGAGCCCCCCGUGCCCCAGUGAUGUCUCCAUGGAUGAUGUUGGCAUUCCCCUGAGGAACACUGAGCGAUCAAAAGACUGGUACAAGACGAUGUUUAAACAGAUCCACAAGCUAAAUAGAGACACUCCUGAAGAAAACCCUUAUUUCCCCACCUACAAAUUCCCUGAACUUCCUGAAAUCCAGCAAAAAACUGAAGAAGACAAUCCUUACACUCCUACCUACCAGUUUCCUGCAUCUACUCCUAGUCCUAAAUCUGAAGAUGAUGAUUCGGAGCCCCACUCCCCGAGCUACUCCUAUUCCGAAGACGCAAAAUCUCACGCUUCUGUACCUCGUUCAAAGAGUGAGAUGGAGCACAUCGAUGCAGAGAAGGUGGUGAAGCGAUCGGCUACCCUGCCUCUCCCAGCUCGCUCUUCUUCUCUGAAAUCAGGACCCCAAAGGAAUGACUGGGAACCUCCUGACAAGAAAGUGGACACUAGAAAAUAUCGGGCAGAGCCAAAAAGUAUUUAUGAAUAUCAGCCUGGCAAGUCUUCAGUUCUGGCCAAUGAAAAGAUGACUCGAGAUAUAAGCCCAGAAGAGAUAGAUUUAAAGAAUGAACCUUGGUAUAAAUUCUUUUCGGAAUUGGAGUUUGGGAAACCGCCAUUUGUUAAUAUGCCUCCAAAAAAGAUAUGGGAUUAUACUCCUGGAGACUGCUCUAUCCUUACUAGGGAGGAUAGAAAGACUGAUCUAGAAAGAGAUAUCAACCUCUACCAGGCUGAGUUAGAGGCAGAUUUAGAAAAAAUGGAGAAGUAUAAUAAAGCGCCUGAUAAGCUAUGGAAGAGUACAGCAGUCAACCCCCCUCUGGAAACAUCACCCGAGCAUCUGUCCUACUCCUAUUCGCCCACCUUCCAUGCAGUAAGAAGAGAGCCAGAUGUGGCUGGAGGGGAUUCCGCUGGCCUGGAGAAUGAGAGGCAGAUAUAUAAAAGUGUUUUGGAAGGAGGAGACAUUCCUCUGCAAGGAUUAAGUGGUCUCAAGCGACCGUCCAGCUCUGCUUCCACCAAAGUGGACCAUAAAGGUGGGAAUGCUCAUAUGAUUUCACCUUCUUCAAUUAAUAGCCGAACGUUCAAUGCUAGUAACGUGUUAGGCCCUACGUGUAAACAUAAGAAGCCCCUGUCAGCUGCAAAAGCCUGCAUUUCUGAAAUCCUUCCUUCCAAAUUCAAGCCUAAGCUCUCCGCUCCUAACGCUCUUUUUCCAGACCAGAAGGGCCCCCUGUUACCCCAGGAGAAGGCUCAGAGCUGUGAAAAUCUGUGUAGCUCCAUUGCUCUGUUGGCUCACAAAGGAGGCGAUAGCCUGGAGAACCUGCUCAUGAGGUCGGGGGGUGAUUAUGGCGCCAAAUCCAGUAGCACCUUGAGCCUGCAGGAGUACGGAGCGGGGGGCAGAAAGUGCUGUCCCCUUUCCCGAAGGGGCAGGUCGGAGUUCACGGUGCUCUACAGGAACAUGCACCAGAUCAACCGGUCAGGGCUCCAGCGGGCUGCGUCCUCUAGCGUCCGGGACCUGGCCUCCCAUUUUGAGAGCAGCGGCCCGGGGGGGCCUGGCGGAGAGGCGAAUCCGAGCCAGGAGGGCUCAGACCACAUCCCGAAGCACACCGUCUCGUCCCGGAUCACCGCCUACGAGCAGCUGAUCCAGCGGUCCCGCUCCAUGCCGUCCCUCCACCUGUCCGGCCGGCUGAGCAGAUCCCCCGCGCCCCUGCUCUCCCGGCACUGCCUGGGCUCCGCGCGCUCGGCCGAAUCCCUCCUGGAGACCCCCAGGCUCCACCCAGCAGAGAAGAGAGCGGCGUCGACCCAGGGCCGUUCGGUGGGCUGGGCCUCGCCGUCCCGCGGCGCCUCCGAGGACCCGGCCUGGGCCCUCUCGGAGCCCCCCUCGGCCUGCUCGGAUGACUUCGACCAUUUAUCGACCGUGUCCACGGACAGCGGGGAGGGUGGUGGGCACGGGGGCACCCGGAGGCACCGACUCAACAAGUGCAAGGGCAGCUGCCCGGCGUCCUACACCCGCUUCACCACGAUCCGCAAGCACGAGCAGCAGCAGCAGCAGCCCCAGGCCUCCCGCAACUCCGAGUGGAGAGCCGCCCCGGGGGACAGGAGCACUCUCCUCAGGAACAUCUACCUGAUCAGCCCCUUGCCUUUCCGGGUGAAAAAGCCCCUGCAACACCACUGCCCGAAGCCUGUGCCCGGAGACCCCCCUGUCCCCCCGGUGGGGCAGAGGGCCGAGAGCCGGCACCACUCGGUGCCUCAGAGGAGCAGUCUCAGGAACAUCAGUCACCCCCGCCGGAUCCGAUCCCCCGAAGGGAAGCCUUCGGUUCCCCGUCGUCAGUCGUCGCUCCGGGCUGUGGAGAGGCUGGACUGCCCCCCCGGCCCGGAGACCGGCCAGGAGAGGCCUCGUAUCCCGGAAGAGUAUCCAGAUCCCUGUCGUAACGGGAACGCCACCCCUUGUUCCUAUCGCAGCUUGGAUAGAAAUAACAACCUGCAGAAUGAAUUUGGAACAAACCACGGAGAUUCAGAAUCACCAAGGCAUUUUACACCAGCUGACUAUAUGGAAUCUCCUGAAGAAUUUAUUCGCAGGCGUCAUGAUGAUAAAGAGAAACUUUUAGCGGACCAGAGACGACUUAAGCGAGAACAAGAAGAGGCCGAUAUUGCAGCUAGAAGGCACACGGGGGUUAUUCCAACACACCAUCAGUUUAUCACUAAUGAACGCUUUGGAGACCUCCUAAAUGUAGACGAUACUGCAAAGAGGAAAUCUGGGUCAGAGAUGAGACCUGCGAGAGCCAGGUUUGACUUUAAAGCGCAAACGCUAAAGGAACUUCCUCUGCAGAAAGGAGAUAUCGUUUACAUUUAUAAGCAGAUCGACCAGAACUGGUACGAAGGAGAGCAUCAUGGGCGAGUGGGGAUCUUUCCACGCUCAUAUGUAGAGCAUCUUCCUCCAGCAGAGAAGGCUCAACCGAAAAAACUGCCUCCAGUGCAGGUUUUGGAAUAUGGAGAUGCAAUUGCCAAGUUUAACUUUAAUGGGGACACCCAAGUGGAAAUGUCCUUCAGAAAGGGCGAGAGAAUUAUGUUGAUUCGACAAGUCGAUGAGAACUGGUAUGAAGGGAAAAUCUGCGGCACUGGCCGCCAAGGAAUCUUUCCCAUCACAUAUGUGGAAGUGAUCAAACGGCCACUGGUGAAGAACCCCAUUGAGUACAUCGAGAUGCCAAUGUCCUAUUCCCCAAGUCGCAGUUCGACUGCCUCCCCUCAGUUUCCCAGUCAUGACACACUCCACAAACCAGUCCGCCCAGCUCUGCCUAGCUCCCACCAGGUACUGUCUCCCGAGGUGCAAGCCAUAACCUCCGAGUGGAUUUCCCUGACUAUGGGGGUGCCUGGGAGACACACCCCAACCGUAACCCCACCGUUGCCUCCUCUGCCAGACGUCUCCCUGGGUCGCGCUGACCUCCUCUCCAGCCCCUCCCCAUCGGUCAGCCGUCCCCAUUCGAGCCUGUCGGGCCCUUCGGAUCCACGGUCCGUCUUCACGCCCCUGCCGCUUCCCCCUCCCAGACCGCAUUCCUCAGCUCAGAACGUCCAUCCCGCCACCCUUAUUCGGAGCGAGGAUCGCGCUGUCCGCUCACCAACUCCCGGUGGCACGCAGCGCACCUUCUCCCAGCCCCGGCUCGAGAACGCCGAUAGGAUGAUCUCUGAGCUUAGCGACGCAAUUAGCGGCCAAGCCAAGCUCCAGCAAUGGAGAGAAGGAAGCGCCCGGCGUGUGACAGAGGGUUACAAAGAGGCAGGGGCCAGGGGGCUUGGCAGCCCCGAGAUCUCUGAGAAGAGCUGUGUGAAGCCAUCAGACCUGGCCAAGUGCGUCUUUAGCCCAGAACAGAGGCUCCCCGAGAACACCCUUGAGGAAGCCCGCCCCAUUCAAGGAAAUUGGGCUGAGCAAACAGAUUUGAGCAGAGGUGAUGUGAGAGAUGCUCAGAGCGGUGUCAGACAGGAAGCCGUUUGCAAUGAGAUCAUAAACAUUGCCGAAAAGUCUGUUCAUUACUGCAGUACUGUGUCUCAUCCUCUUGACUUUCAUCACAAGGUGUCCCCUACUGACAAUAAACAAUCUCUAAUCAUUUCUCAGCAACCCCAAGCCCAGCAGCGAAGAACCACCCCCGACAGGAGUCACACUCCCCAAGAUGUAUUUAGCUACCAAGCCUUAUAUAGCUAUAUUCCUCAGAAUGAUGAUGAGUUGGAACUCCGGGAUGGAGAUAUUGUUGAUGUCAUGGAGAAAUGUGAUGACGGCUGGUUUGUUGGCACUUCCAGAAGAACAAGACAAUUUGGUACUUUCCCGGGAAACUACGUGAAACCUCUGUAUUUAUAAAAGGCUGAAGAACCGACCAAGAUGGUGUUGUUGAAGGCUGAAGUAUAAGUCAUGAGUGGAUUUCUUUACUCUGCCGACGGACUCAGAAAUUGUUGGAUGUAAAAGUUGAAGUAAGACAUGUGAAGGAGUUGAGGUGAUGUAGUACAGUGUUGUGUUUAUUGAACCUGAGGACUUGUCUGUUUAAUACCGGAGAGGCAAGAUUUUGUUUGCUGAACAGACACAGGAAGUGGAUUGCUAAUUGACUUUGCCCUUGGAGGACCCUCCUCUGCCCCUUUACUUCCCCACCUGGAAUUGAUGUCAAGUCAAAUUCAGGGGGGCAAGUGGCCAGCUGUUCCCCUCCCCUACUUGCCGCUGGGGCUGGUUCGGUCCCUGCCGAAGCCCAGAGCAGUGGGGCUAUGGGAUGGAUCCAGGAGUUCCCCGAGGCUCUCUUUCUUCCCAGGAAGCUGGCUCGGUCCCACGGCUCUCUGGGAAUCCCGGCCUCUUUCUGGUUCGACCCGGGCUCCGACUCGGCCGGCCCUCGCGUGGUUUUCCAGUUGUGAAUCCGUCCUGGCCCUUCCAGGCCUCACGUCCGCCGUUUUCCAUACCCCUGGGGCUCCGACAAUGAAGUAUCAGCUCGGGAGACAAGUCGGCUGAAGUUGUUGAAGGAACAGAACGGGUUGGAUUCGGGUGGGAGAGAAGUCAGAGGUGUCUGUAGCUCCUGGGAUAGCGUGCGGUCCGUCCCUUUCCAUCUUGACGGCUCCCAAAGCGAACGCUACCAGUUGGGUGGAAUUCCAUUGGAAAGGUUUCCUUUGUGAUACGCACUUUAAAGUGCCACGGUGCAAAGCUCUGCGGGUGGAAACCGAUUCAUUUUGAAUAAUUGUUUGGCAGGUGAUUUAAAAUUGUAUGGCCGUCCAAAAACACAGUGGUCAGGUGUAGUCUGAAAGGGUGGCAAACAGGGCUGAUACCUUGUGAUACUUAGGCCCGGGGGCAGCUUUUAGCUCUCGCCGCAUGCCGGAAUGCCAGAGACACUGGCCGUAUGCGAGGAUCCCAGGGGUGCCAAUCCAAGUAUCGCGGCUAGUGUGGGCACCGAGACAGCAGAUAACUCCUGUGAUUGCUUAAAGGAAGGCUGGGAGUGCCCGCCGUCGGGAAGGCACAGUCUUGGGAACAAACAGCGUUACUUGAACGCGCAAGGGCCGCCCACCAGUCCCACCCGUGUCCGGCGUUUCCAGGGAAUUCCGAGUUUCCAGUGUCCCACCGCCACAUGGACACACCGCUGUUUCUACUCCCCAGCUGCCGACGCCAACCCAGUCGCGGCUAAAAUUUGGCUUUGCUCUCUCUCUGCAGAGGGAUGGAGUGUCUCUCUUUUGCUAGGGGAUCAGAGUGUGUUUAUGUGUGCGUGCGCGUGCGUGUGUGUGUACAUUUCAGCACUACAGGACUGCACUCAUUUUGAAAUGUCACCUUAACAUUCAACGUUUUCCCUGGUUUUUUGAUUCAAACUGUUACUGACAAAAUAUGAUUGACAUGGAUUUUUUUUUUGGGGGGGGUGCUUCUUGAUUAAGUAAUUUUGAUCACCUCUGAAUACAGCUAGAAAAUCAAACCAAUAUGUAAAGCUACAUUUCCAUGUAUUGCCAGCAACACUUAUUUGUACACCUUUAGAACAACUGGCUUGUUACAUUUGCCCAUAAUCAAAAACAGUGCUGUUUGAUAUGAAAAAAGGAUCGUUAGAACUUGCGUUAAACUUCUUGCUUCCUCUGUGUUACCAACAAGUAGCAAAAGUUUCCAAUUGCUGUUUUGUCAUAAGACAUUUAGUAAUAUAAAUUCCUAUUUUUAUGCUGAUGUGUUUAUACAGGUUUAUUAACAGCAAGUACAACUAACUGAUAGCAUGACUUGCAAUACAUUUUGAUAUUAUAGCCAUGCUCCUGAGUCUAAAGGAAAAGGAAAAAUACUUAUCUUUUACAGUCUCUCUGAGAUGAGUGAAAGAGAAGAAAUUGCAUACUUCAAAAGUGGGACUGUAAAUAUGUAUAUUUAACUUUGUAUAGACCAUGUACCUACCUUGUAUAGAAAAAUAAUUUAAACAGUUUGAAUGAAAGGAAAUGAAAGGCAGUUCUGAAGUUUUUGGCGUUUUUAUUUAAAUGAAGGAAUUCUGUGUAAUUUCACAAGAAGAAUUGUAGCACAAGCUAUCCGUUACUAAAUGGCUGCAGAUUUUACACUAUCACUAUUUGUGGGGGUGAGGUAACCCUAAUCUUCCUAUGUUUUAUUCUUCCGUUUUUCUUUUGCAUUCCUGUUUUCUACAGUAAUGUUUAGUCCUGUUAGAAUCGGUGAAUUCGAAAUUAAAACCCUGAAAGAAAUAGCGACACUGGCUUUAUUAUAACCAAGUAAUUUUAAGCCUUGCCAUUUAAAUUACACACACGGCGCAUAUAUGUAUGCACACAGAGAUUUAUUGUUCAUUUACUUUUCUUAUUGCAGUGGAUUGUGAUUUGACAAUAAAUAGAAAGGUUGAAUUACUACUGUUUCUUGUACAGAUUAUUUAAUAAACCUUAUUCAGAGUUG